ACUCAUCACUCUUGCCGCCAUCAUCUUCCAACGACUCCAAUGCAACAGACCUCCAAAGAGCGCUGGGUGAUGAAUGUCAAAUCAACUAUUCACUUUUUAUUCACGUUCGGCGCUGCCGUUUGUCUCGUCCUCGUCCCAGGCACUUCGACAUUUGACCUGAUUAUCCGUUUACUGGGCCUCCUCACAGCAGCCUUCGCCCCGUCAUGUUCCGCAGUCGUUCCAGAAGAGCAAUGUGUCCUCGCCAUUACCGCAGCUUUCCUUGGGGAAGUUAUUUUUGCAAUGACGCCGUACAUGUUGAACCCAAAGAGUGAAGUGACCAGCCUCUACCAGAAGCUACCACUUGCCAUUGCCGCCGAUGUUCUCGCAUUCUCCUUGGUGCUGGCAUGGGCAAGCCGAAACGGGGACACUCUUCUCAAGCAGCGGAUAGGGACAUUUUUGGGCUACGUCAGUGGCUUCACUGCCAUUACUGCCCUCAUUUUCCCAGUCCAGGGUGACCACAUAGCAAGUUGUGCAGAUAAGGUCGAAGGUCCUGGUGGUCUUCAUAAACAGUCACUGGUAUAG